AUGAAGGCUUUAUCAUUUCAUCAAAAUGUGGUUUCACGGUGCUUGAAUAGUGACGGCUUUUUGUGGCCGAGUUCUCCAGUGUAUCCCUGCUCACCGUGUGCGCAAUCUUGGAUUGUGAAACCGAUGCGCAUAUCGUUCAGCCUUGUCUCUGGGAAAUGUCGGGCUGUCUCACGGGCGACACGCUGUGCGAGUGAAGUUUCGCAGACGAAUGCGAGAGUAGAUGAUUUGGAGCUCGAAGAUUGUGGCCAAGCGUCUGAAGCUGAAAAUGUAGCACCGUUUCGAAUAUUUGUGAGCACAGGGGAUGUGAUGGGGGACAUACAUGGAGCAAAUCUAGUGAAAGAGCUACUAAAGCAAGCGCAAGGUACUCGACGCAGAGUCGAGGUUUAUGCUCUUGGAGGUCAACGCAUGAGGACCGCGGGAGCUACUCUCAUUGGUGACAACACGGGACUAAGUUCUAUUGGCCUUCUGGAGGCUUUGCCACUGAUAGUACCCUCCCUUCUUCUCCAAAUCACAGUGCGAAGGUUUUUGGAUGAUCAUCCACCACAUGUUUUGGUUCUUAUAGAUUAUCCAGGUGUUAACAUUCCUUUCGGCCAGUACGUGAAGCAAAAGUUUGGUUGCAAAAUUAUUUACUACAUUCCACCUAAUGAAUGGCUUUGGAACACUUCCCGAACUAAAAGUAUUGUAUCCAUCAGUGACAUUAUCCUGGCGGUGUACCCGGGGGAAGCUGAAUACUACGCUAGGGCUGGAGCCAACGUCAAGUUAGUUGGUCAUCCUCUUAUUGAUACUGUAAAAGGUAUCAAUAGGAAUGAGGCAAGACAAAGGCUUGGUGUGAAUACCGACGACAUAGUCAUUGCUCUUGUACCCGCGUCCCGAUCUCAAGAAUUAAGGCAUGUUUGGCCAACCAUAGCAUCUGCAGCUGGCAAGCUUCUCAAAGCACUUGUAGAGAUCAGAGGUGGACCUCAUGGUGUUCAUUUCAUUAUACCCGCGGUACUCAGAGAUCAAAGGCAUGUCAUUGAGAAAGAAUGUGAAGAUAAUUCCUUUUUUCAGAACUCUAUUAUUUUCAAUGGUGAUCCGCAUGAAGUCUUAGCUGCCGCUGAUGUUGCAAUCACAAAAUCCGGAAGUACGAACCUAGAGAUGGCACUUUACAAGGUGCCUCAAGUCGUGGUAUACAAAAUUGAUAACUUGACAGCUUGGAUCGCCCGGAAACUCUUCGGAUUUUCUGUGAAGAACAUUUCACUCGUCAACCUCAUUCUCGAUUCCCAGGUUGUACCCGAAUAUAUCCAAGAGGCAGCCGACGCAGAGAACAUUAUGCAGGCAACGUUAAAGUUGCUGCCAGGCAUGGACACGCAAGAGCGGAGUAGAGUGCUUCAAGGCUAUGAGCAGCUGCGCGUAGUUCUGGGAGAGCCCGGCGUUGUCGAGAGGGUAGCUCGGCAAAUCUUAGAUUGUCUAUGAAUGAAAAUGUUUUAAUUCGUUAACGUACUGACUGAUGCACCAAAUCUUAACACUGUAUUGAGGGGCCUAGGUAGUCAGGAAAUUCCAAAGAAGUGAUUAUACAGUGGUGUGUGGACGGUUUUGCAUAAGCUAUUCACUGAUUUCGAACAUGAUGUCUCGACGUGACUGAACACGUGUAGCAAGUAGCAAAGAAAUUGCUACUUGGAAGAGGCGAAGACGUCGGAAGCUGCGUAAGAGGACACCGGGAACGCUGAAGUUCCUUGCAGGGUCUUUCCUGGAUGACUGAACACGUGUAGCAAGUAGCAAGAAAUUGCCACUUGGAAGAGGCGAAGAAGUCGGAAGCUGGGUAAGAGGGACAUCGGGAAUGCUGAAGUCGCUUGCAGGGUCUUUUCUGGAUGACUGAACACGUGUAGCAAGUAGCAAGAAAUUCCCACUUAGAAGAGGCGAAGAAGUCGGAAGCUGAGUAAGAGGGACACCGGGAACGCUGAAGUCCUCGCAGGGUCUUUUCUCGAAAAUGGCUUGGGUAGAAUAUGUUCGCUUAUGUAUCACCUCCAUCUUAUCAGACUCGAUGUAAAUAGG